CCCGCCCGCUCCCGGCUCUCCGUCUCACUAGCAGCGGCUCUUGGUGGAGCGGGGACGGGGCGAAGCGGCCUGCGCCCUCGGAGCGCACGACACAGCCCGGAACGCACCGCAACCCUUGCCCGCUCGGGAUCUCCAGCGGCCUCCGCGCGCGCACGAUGCCCUCGGCCACCAGCCACAGCGGAAGCGGCAGCAAGUCGUCCGGACCGCCGCCCCCGUCGGGGUCCUCCGGGAGCGAGGCUGCGGCGGGGGCCGGGGCCGCCGCACCGGCUUCUCAGCACCCCGCAACCGGCACCGGCGCCGUCCAGACCGAGGCCAUGAAACAGAUUCUCGGGGUGAUCGACAAGAAACUUCGGAACCUGGAGAAGAAAAAGGGCAAGCUUGAUGAUUACCAGGAGCGAAUGAACAAAGGGGAACGGCUUAAUCAAGAUCAGUUGGAUGCUGUAUCUAAGUACCAGGAAGUCACAAAUAACUUGGAGUUUGCAAAAGAAUUACAGAGGAGUUUCAUGGCAUUAAGUCAAGAUAUUCAGAAAACAAUAAAGAAAACAGCACGACGGGAGCAACUUAUGAGAGAAGAAGCUGAACAAAAACGUUUAAAAACCGUACUUGAGCUGCAGUAUGUUUUGGACAAAUUGGGAGAUGAAGAAGUGCGAACUGACCUGAAACAGGGUUUGAAUGGUGUGCCAAUACUAUCUGAGGAGGAAUUGUCAUUGUUGGAUGAAUUCUACAAGUUAGCAGACCCUGAACGGGACAUGAGCUUGAGGUUGAAUGAACAGUAUGAACAUGCCUCCAUUCAUCUGUGGGACUUGCUGGAAGGCAAAGAAAAAUCUGUAUGUGGAACAACCUAUAAAGCUCUAAAGGAAAUUGUCGAGCGUGUUUUCCAGUCAAACUACUUUGAUAGCACCCACAACCACCAGAACGGGCUAUGUGAGGAGGAAGAGGCAGCCUCAGCACCCGCUGUUGAAGACCAGGUCGCUGAAGCUGAACCUGAGCCAGCAGAGGAAUACACUGAACCAAGUGAAGUUGAAUCCACAGAGUAUGUAAAUAGACAAUUUAUGGCCGAAACACAGUUCAGCAGUGGUGAAAAGGAACAGGUAGAUGAGUGGACAGUUGAAACAGUCGAGGUGGUAAAUUCGCUCCAGCAGCAACCUCAGGCUGUGUCUCCUUCAGUACCAGAGCCCCACUCUUUGACACCCGUGGCUCAGGCAGAUCCCCUUGUGAGAAGACAGCGAGUACAGGACCUUAUGGCACAAAUGCAGGGGCCUUAUAAUUUCAUACAGGAUUCAAUGUUGGAUUUUGAAAAUCAGACACUUGAUCCUGCCAUUGUAUCUGCGCAGCCUAUGAAUCCAACACAAAACAUGGACAUGCCCCAGCUGGUUUGUCCUCCAGUUCAUUCUGAAUCUAGACUUGCUCAGCCUAAUCAAGUUCCCGUACAACCCGAAGCUACACAGGUUCCUUUGGUAUCAUCCACAAGUGAAGGGUAUACAGCAUCUCAACCCUUGUACCAGCCUUCUCAUGCUACAGAGCAACGACCACAAAAGGAACCACUUGAUCAGAUUCAGGCAACAAUCUCUUUAAAUGCAGACCAGACUACAGCAUCCUCAUCCCUUCCUGCUGCCUCUCAGCCCCAAGUGUUCCAGGCUGGGACAAGCAAACCUUUACAUAGCAGUGGAAUCAAUGUAAAUGCAGCUCCAUUCCAAUCCAUGCAAACGGUGUUCAAUAUGAAUGCCCCAGUUCCUCCUGUUAAUGAACCAGAAACAUUAAAACAGCAGAAUCAGUACCAGGCCAGCUAUAACCAGAGCUUUACCAGUCAGCCUCACCAAGUAGAGCAAACAGAGCUUCAGCAAGAACAACUUCAAACAGUGGUUGGCACUUACCAUGGUUCCCAGGACCAACCCCAUCAAGUGACUGGUAACCACCAGCAGCCUCCCCAGCAGAACGCGGGGUUUCCUCGGAGCAGUCAGCCCUAUUACAACAGUCGUGGUGUGUCUCGUGGAGGCUCUCGUGGUGCUAGAGGCUUGAUGAACGGAUACAGGGGCCCUGCCAAUGGAUUCAGAGGAGGAUAUGAUGGUUACCGCCCUUCAUUCUCUAACACUCCAAACAGUGGUUACACACAGUCUCAGUUCAGUGCUCCCCGGGACUACUCUGGCUAUCAGCGGGAUGGAUAUCAGCAGAAUUUCAAGCGAGGCUCUGGGCAGAAUGGACCACGGGGAGCCCCACGAGGUCGUGGAGGGCCCCCAAGACCCAACAGAGGGAUGCCGCAAAUGAACACUCAGCAAGUGAAUUAAUCUGAGUCACAGGAUUAUGUUUAAUCGCCAAAAACACACUGGCCAGUGUACCAUAAUAUGUUACCAGAAGAGUUAUUAUCUAUUUGUUCUCCCUUUCAGAAAACUUAUUGUAAAGGGACUGUUUUCAUCCCAUAAAGACAGGACUACAAUUGUCAGCUUUAUAUUACCUGGAUAUGGAAGGAAACUAUUUUUACUCUG